AUGUUUCUAUUCGGUGUCUGCGACACGCAGAUUGAAGACGACAAAGGCGUAGCUUCGACAAUGCGGCGCAACUUCACCUUCGCAUGUCAACGGCCUGUCAAUGACCUCAGUGCCUUUCAGCAAGAGCCAAUGCUCGCUCAGUCUGUCCUCACCAUGACGCCGCAGCCACCGAAGCACUCGGCAUACGUUGCGGUCCAAGCGAGCAGCAUCGAUACCCUUCCCGCAGAGAUCCUUGCGGAUGUCUUCGCAUUAUGUAUCGCCGAUCUUCCGACUGACCACAAUUUCCUCGAUACCAGUCUCUGCCCCUGGACGCUUGGUCAGGUCUGUCACCGCUGGCGCGUUAUCGUCGCUCGCCAUUCGUCCCACCUUUGGAGGAUUCUCCGUGUCCGCCUUCGAUGCGCUCGUUUCGACUCCCCGUUUGUCGCCUGGCAACACCAGCUCUUCCGAAAGGCGCUGUCCCACAGUCACGACCAUCCUCUCGACCUCGAUCUGGACGCUACGACCUGCCAUGCCCAGGUAUACGCUAAUGCGUUGCAAGCUUUGCAAGCCCAGGCGCCCCGGUGGCGGAAUAUCACUAUCGUCCUACCCCGAUGGUGCGGCUCGUGGCACGUAGUCCAUGGCAACUUUCCCCAGUUGGAGUUCUUUGGCAUAGAAGGAUCGAGGGACGUAUUGACACACGGCGACGGUUGCAUCAAUCUGUGCAACGCCCCAAAACUGAGGGGGUUGCGUAUAGGGCGGCUACCGUCGGAUCUGAGCAUCUGCGUGCCGUGGCAGCAGCUGAAGGUCUUGCACGAUGCCGACGCCUAUGCUUCGUAUGGCACGCUUCUGCAGCAACUUUCUCAUUGUCGCAACCUGGAGGAGUUCAAAUUCUACACGGAGUACUCCAUACUGGAUCAGCCCGGGGACGAGCUGCCAACGGAGAAGAUUACUCUUUGCCACCUUCGGAGCCUCGAAAUAGUCACGGCGCCAGCCGACGAGUACCCCUGUGGCCUCUUGCACUCCUUGACCACACCAUCCCUCAAGGAACUGUCCACGACCAUAUCCGACCAGGAACAGCUUCUUGAGUUCACCAUCUUCUCCAGCGCCCUCCUCUGGCGUUCCAGCGCGCCGCUGACCAAGCUCGUCCUCAACGCAGAGGGCUACGUGGAGAUCAACGAUGCUUUCGGCCUUCUGUUCAAGUUCGCGCCCCAUCUAACGACCCUCGACAUCACGGGGGACUUCGUGAGGUGUUUCUUCGACUUGCUCUUGGAGCGGGAGGAAGGGGACGACCGCAAGUUCAAGUACAUACCGCAUCUUACGGACCUCAAGCUUCACGCUACGGACGCCAGCGAUGUUCGGGGCAUGCGGCAGGUCUUGAAGACCAGAUUCCUGCAGUCGGGCGAGGGGGCGCACGAACCAGCGUGUUGCCGAAGGAUGGAGGUUUGGAUGGUCGCUGUCACGACAGACUGUGCUAUCAGUAAUGACCGGGAAUAUCUUGUCCUCUCUUGUGAAGUUGGGGGAACGUGUUGAAUGUGGAAUGAAUCAACCGUUACAUUACUUAUCAUAGACCUAAUUACUGCAUCGUACACUUACAGUACUACCGAAGAUAAUCCAGUAGACUACC